UGCAUGAACAGCCACGUACUGCACCGAGGGUAGAGAACAGAGGCGAUUAUUUUACAACACCUUGAGCGCGCAGUCACCAGUCUCUCUCUCUCUCUCUGCAAAGCUGACAACUUCAGGAGCCUUGCUAUUGUUCCAGCAUGUUUUAUAUUCGCCAUUCUGUGUCCAAGCAUAUCGGCCUGGCAAUAGUUUAAUUUGCUGAGCAGUUUUGGAAGAUCGUUUUUUAUUUCUCUCUCGGCUGAUGUGACAUUAUCCGUCUGUAAUGAUGUGGACCUCUCAGGACUUUAUUGGAUUCGUUGUAAUGUCUAGUUUAUGUAUACAAUGUGGAUUCUGCUUUGAAGGAAAGUUUACGGAUAUCCCCUCCAAUCUAACGGUGAAAGAAGGUCAAAACAUUGAAAUGGCGUGCGCCUUCCAGAGUGGAACCACGUCAGUUUACUUAGAGAUUCAGUGGUGGUUUAUAAGAGCGCCAGAAGAAUCCAGCAACAGCGAGGAGGAGGAUGACGAAGAGAUGGAAGUGAUACCAGAGCCGGAUCCAGACGAUGAAGGGACUAAAAUAAGUACAGUGAAGGUACAGGGAAACGACAUCUCCCACAAACUGCAGAUCUCCCGGGUGGGAAAGAGUGACGAGGGCCUGUACGAGUGCAGAGUCACCAACGCUAACUACGGAGAGUUGCUGGAGUACAAGGUCCAGGCCUAUCUGAAGGUGAACAGCACCCGGCCCCGCAUCAGGCUGGCCAAGAAGACAUCCCCCUUGUCCCACCUGACAGCAGAUAAGAAGCCACGCAAGACAGGCGCCACAGCAGCACAAGACAGCAUGAGCCCCGACCUGAGGGUUCGCUCUACCUCCAGCUCUCAGACGUCAUCAGCCAAGACAAUCAAACAGAGUUCAGGCACGAGGAUAGCUACAAGCUUUGGACUUGCCAUCCUGAUUCUUGCCUGUGGCUUCAUGAGGGAUACCUUGCUAUAGUUUCAAGGACUGACUUUUCCUCCGAGUAUCACUCCCUCUUCUCGAAACGAAGGAGAAAAUGGCCUGUUAUUACCACCAAGCGGACGACACAGUUGGCCCUAAUUUUCCACUACUCUGCACCCAAUGCAUUCUUAUUACUCAUUGUACACAAGAGGCACCUUCUCAAAGGCCACCAGCGGGAUUACCUGUUGUGCCGACGUUUCUUCAGUGCACCCAACAAUCGAAAAACAAAAUGGAAACUGACGUUGGCUCCUUGGAAUAUCUUUCACAGACCUUUAUUUUGGGUUUCCUGCAGUGAAUCUAUCGUGUCAAUGCUUAAAAGUAAAAAAUAAAAAUAAAAUAAAAAUCUAUAUUUGUGUAUAUAUAAUAUCAGUAUAUAUAAUUGUUUUAUUUCAAACACCUGGAACUGUUGUAUAGCUUACAUUUGCUAUGUUUUCACUAUUAUGAAACUACAUCGUGCAAGGCUAUUCAUAGUCCUCUUAGAACAAAAGAGCUAGUCUAAUACAACAACAUGAUGUAGAGGCCUAGUCGGAUUGCUAAAUGAAGGCAACUCGACAAUGAAUUAUUUUAUCGUCCAUAAUGUGUGUAACUUGCAAAUACAGUUCUUGACCGUUGUUAUUACAGAUCACUUCUCAUUAAUGUUCACCUUCUUUACUUUUUACAUGGUAUUUCUUCUGUUUACAAUUAUACUUAUUUUCCUUCCCUUAUCAUUUCCUAUUAUGAAUAAUGAACAUGUCAAUGUUCAUAAUGUGACCGUGCCAGCAGACUAUUCAUUUAAAUUGGCCUGCACUAAUAUUGUACAACACCAUUAAUAGUCAUGCUUCACGUACAGUACAGCUCUCCUAUUUAAAUGUUCUACCAUCACUGAAAACAAAGGACUGAGUAUCAAGGUACUGCUGUAGCCUACUGUUCAGGGACACUAUCUUUAUGUAAAGAAUCUUACAUUAGCCAAGAAGACAUCUUAUAGUGUUUGAUGGUGAUUCCCCCCAAUGAUACCUAGACGAUGCGUUUCUUCUCUGUAACACAAACGUAGGGACGUAGAAAGACUGUAUGGGUCUUGUGAUUAAGGAAACGGUUUUAAAUCGCUCUCGCUCUUAUCCCUUCACCAUGUUCAUUGACACAACGCUUUGACAAUCCGACCUCUUGAUUCAGAUGUCAUGGAUUUUACCGUUAUACAAAACUGUUAAUAGAAAUGGGAGCUUUCUAAGUGUCUCUGCAUUGUUCCAUAGACAUUCACCACUUUGAAUAAUUUCCAUUAACUAAAUGGAUGCAUCGAUGUUAUGUCGCAUUGUUGUUACGUAAAGUGACAACUGGACAUAUUCCCCCUUAAAUACAGAUGCUGGAUCUUAAUUUGAGCCAGUUUGCUACAGCAGGAAAAUAAUCCUUCAGCAGCAGGAAAUUUGAAUUAUUAUGUGGUUUAUAGUUAAUGGACAUUUUUAAAGUGUAAAAUAUAACUUUCUGAAUCUUUUUAAAACCUUACUACAAGUAGUAAGUUCCCCUGCUACAGGGUGAUCACAUUAAGAUCAUACAUCUGUACUGUUUGAAUGGGUGGAACUGUUCAUUGAUGCGGUAGGAAUGCUUCAGAUCUGCCAUUCAGUUUAGUUGAAGAGGGUAGCCAAAGACUGAAGAGAGUCUCCAUUGUAAAAAUGUAUCAUGCAACCAAAGACAUUGGCUAUGGCCAUACAAUAUGGCGUUCACCAACAUUGGUCUCUUUGCUCAUACUGUAUCCUAGUGCUCUCACAUAUUGUUCCAAUUUAUUUCCAAUCUGGGCUUACCCAGAUUCACAACACAACAUCUGUCCAUUUCUUCAAAUCCUGUUUAAAAUAAUGACUUACUGAGAUGGAAUAAUUCUAGGUAUUGGAAGUACCUACAAAUUCCAGGGGCCACGAGGAAGCACCAUUUUGCUGAAAGUCUCAAUAGGCUUUUCCCACAGUUAACAUAGUCCAGUCUGCCGUACACAGCACUGCUGAGAUCAGUUCUAAACUAGGGUUUCCCAAACUGGGUGCACAUUUGGAUUUUUGUACCUAGCACUACACAGCUGAUUUGAAUAAUCAACUAAUCAUCCAGCUUUGAUAAUUGGAAUCAGCUGUGUAGUACU